GGAAAACUUACCUCGAAGUUGAUUGGUCUAUUUUGCUGUACAUCAAUUCGUUUCCUGUUUUCGUAUGCACUGAAGUAUCAAAGUUUAAUUCACGGCGAUGUUGUGAGUUACUUGCUUUUGCCAUGUCGGCCGUCACGCAACAAAACAGGAGACGACGCCCCCUUAAAAUGUACAUACUGACGUCCGACCACAAAGUACAAGACCACCUGGACGGUACCAUUCGGCUACAGAGGGGGAAUCUGUGCUUGGAGCAGGAAGGUGGCGGGGAGCGCGGUAUAAGAGGGGACUAUGUAUGGGUAAAGGUUAUAGACAAUGGCAGUAUGGUGAAGCUUGAUAAGCACUUAUUAAAUGAAAUAUCUGCUGAUCAGGCCGGCUUGCUGGAGCCUAUUACCGAUCUUGAUUUGCGUUUCAAACUGCUCUCGAAGCCUCACCGGCUUGCCAGGUUAUCCAGUUUGCCCAUGGGGUCGCCCGUGUUAGUGCGGUGUGGCCAGUCAGGAGAUCUGGCUGAUGCUGAGCUCCGUUAUCGUGGGCCCUUAAUGCGAGGAAGCUGCGCAGUGUAUUUUGGGGUCCAACUAAAGGGGUCAGCAGCAGGCAGAGGCAGCAGUAAUGGAAGCUACAAAGGCCACCAGCUUUUCACAUGCCCUGAACAGUGUGCCCUUUUUGUCUCAGCCAGCGAUAUAGUAACACAUCGAUCCACCCGAGUCAGCAGUUUAGGCGAUAAUGAUCCUCAACAAACUGAACUAAACAGACCAAACCAGAACAACCACAGUUCUAGUCAUGUCCCAAAUCCAGUUAGUGUCUUAGCACGUACGGCAGAAUCUGUGCCAGCUAAUACUGGCUUACCUCUGCUGCAAGUGGGGCAGAGGGUCUGCUUCAGCCAAGACAAGGUGCAUCACUGGGGCACGGUGCAGUACUGCGGACAGCUUCCUGGCCGUACAUCAGGAGGAGUGUAUGUGGGAGUUUUGCUGGAUAAUCCAUUAGGAAACUGGAAUGGUUAUGUUAAAACCUACAAACUGUGCUCCAUUCCUUCUCCUGAAUUCGGCCUCCUUGUUCCCCUCUCCAAAGUAACUGCAGAAACAAGAUCAGACCGCCCAACUCCAGAAAUCCCUCCACUUCCUUCCUCCAAAAAUGUCCAUCAGCCUUCUUCACCCACUCACAACAGACACCUUCCACAGACUACAGCACCCACAAACCCUACCAACCCUAGACUGCUGAUAGAGCCCUCCAUGCUAGCCAUGGCUAAAUCUGCUCUACAACCUCCAACUUCAUCAGCAGUUUCAAAAGUUGCUUUAAAACCUCCUCCAGUCCCGAUCGUUAAACCCGCUCUCAAACCACCCCCCGUUCCACUUAAUAAGCCACAACCCAUGCCUAUUUCACCCUCCACUGACCAGUUGUAUACUGCGAAUGGAUUUCACAAUCCACCCUCUCCACUGAUAACAGAGAAAGAAGAGGCGAAAUCGUGGUUGGAGGUUGGGUCUAUGGUUGAGGUGAAUGACCCCCCACUUUAUGGAGUCAUUCGGUGGAUUGGAUACAUCAGUGGAAUUUCAGAACCAGUGGCUGGCAUCGAACUGGACCAGGAGUUAACUGCUGCCACAGAUGGUAACUACCUUGGAGAGCGUCAUUUCCGUUGCCCCCCUAACAAGGGGCUGUUUAUCAAACUGCGUAACUGUAGGCGAGACUCCAGAUUUCCUGUCCCAGAGAUGCCAAUCAAUCAGGUGGAGCGCUGCAAUUCAAUUGCAUUUGCAGAAUGGGGCAGUAAGCGUGUGGAGGAGAACACCCCCCCCAUGUUGGGUCUGGAAGCUCAGCAGUUGUAUGAAGGUUUUAAGAAAGGUAUUCAGGGCCAUCUCAACUCUUGCUACCUGGAUGCAUCACUCUUCAGUCUGUUUGCAUGCUGCAGUUCAGUCGACUGGGUUUUGUUUUGGCCGUGCAACAAAGAUGGCCACCGAAGCAAAGAUGCUCAGGAACUGCUGCGCUGUGAAAUUGUCAAUCCUUUACGCAGGUUUGGAUAUGUGUGCGCCAGUAAAACCAUGGCAUUGCGGAAGCUUCUGGAAGCUGAGACUACAGACACAGGCUUUACUAAUGAAGAGAAAGAUCCUGAAGAAUUCCUCAACAAGCUUUUCCAGCUCCUCCGGGUGGAACCUCUUCUGAAGAUUAGAUCUAUGAGCCAGGAGCCACAGGAAUGCCACAUUUAUCAACUCUUCCCUCCUACGCUUCCCUGUCCAUCUUCCCCUAUUCGUUCUCCACUCUCGCCCUCUCUCUCUCCCUCUCUCUCCCCAAUCCCUCUGUUUUCUCCCUCAGUUGGACUCAUGAGGGUUGCCAGUGUGCAGACACUGCUGGAGUCUUCCUUCAUGCAUUCUGGGCUUAAAUUCACAGAGGCUCCAUCCUGUCUACUUCUGCUUAUGCCACGCUUCGGCAAAGAAUUCAAAAUGUUUGACGCCAUUCUGCCUUCGCUCACCCUCGACAUCACCGACCUGCUGGAUGAGACGCUUCGACAGUGUAGUAUAUGUCAGUCGGUGGCAAACUGGGAGUGUUCACAGUGUUACGAGGAUCUGGACAUCACACCUGGCCAGUUAAAACAGUAUUGCAACACCUGCAAUUCACAGGUUCACGCCCACAAGAAGCGCCAGACACACAAACCAGUCCGGGUCAGAAUGCCCAAGGGCACGUGGGAGGGACCGGUUCAUGGAGCCCGCCAGCAAUUAACUCUCUUCGCUGUGACGUGUAUUGAGACUAGUCACUACGUGAGUUUCGUGAAACACGGGCCCCUCCCUACUGACUGGCUCUUCUUCGACAGUAUGGCUGAUAGAGAGGGUGGCGAGAACGGGUUCAAUGUGCCACAGGUGAGGGCAUGUCCAGAGGUGGGACGCUACUUGAGCCUGUCGGAGGUGGAGCUCAGUCGCUUAGACUCCGGCUCCCUGAAGGAGCCAGUCCGAAGAUUGCUCUGCGAUGCCUACAUGUGCCUUUAUCACUGUCCUGAACUGAGCCUAUAUAAGUGAAGUAAAGACACGCUGCCAAGCUUUCAGUGUUUCAAAUA